GCAGGUAAAAUCAAAGGGCAUGGAUCAUGUGGGAGUGGCUUAGCCACGUUUUUCAACUUUGAAUUUGAGAUAAUCCUACUUCUUUUAGAAGCUCAAAUUCGUAAAAGUUGUUGGUUCUGGCGCAGGAAACCAUCUCAAAAUACCAUGGCUUCUUCCAUUCUACUUCUACCACACAAACCACUGAUACAGCCAUCACACAUUCAGUCACAUUGUGCACGACUAAAUCUCAGAGCCAAUAGUAAAUGUGUCUAUCAAUUUGGUAAGACUAGAAGCUGUGGAAGGUCUCUGACUGUGAGGGCAGCCAGUCAGGUAGAUGCAAGCCCCGAGCCUUCAACAUUGGUGGACAAACAAAUUGUUACAGAUUCGGAAUUUUCAAUUGGAAAGGUAUCUUUUGGUGUUGUUGGAUUAAUAGCAGGCACUUCGUUACUUUCGUAUGGCUUUGGAGCUUACUUCAACAUAUUACCAGGAUCAGAGUGGUCUGCACUAAUGCUUACGUAUGGAUUCCCAUUGGCAAUUAUAGGCAUGGCUCUAAAGUAUGCAGAGCUCAAGCCAGUGUCUUGUAUCUCCUACUCUGAUGCUGUCAAAUUACGUGAAACAAAGGCCACUCCAGUUCUGAAUCAGGUACGAAAAGAUGUUACCAGGUUCCGAUAUGGAGAUGAACAACAUUUAGAUGAAGCAUUAAAAAGAAUAUUCCGGUAUGGUCAGGCAGGAGGCAUCCAACGGCGUAAUGCUCCCCGACUAAAUAUGAUUCGUGAAGAAGUGACCACAGAAGGAAAUUACUCUCUGGCACUAGUGUUUGAGUCUAAGGCAUUGCAGCUGACAGAUUUUGAGCAAAGACAGGCCAAAUUUGCAUCCUUUUUUGGGCCUGGUAUCACUGCGCAAGUUGGAGAAGGUGGAGAGAAUUUGUAUGAAGUUAGGCUAAUAUCUGAGGGAACUACACAACCAGCUACUUGAUCUGAAAGUAUGCUUGAGGUUUAUGGCUGACAAUAUUUCUAAUGAAUGAGUGUAUCUUGAGAUUAUAAGAAGAUACUAGGGGAGCAAUCUCUUGUACAAUUAAUUCAAGCUCCAAAUUGCCACAAGAUGAUGACCAAAAUUGCCCUAGAGAUGUGUGAUUUCGCAUCUUCAGUUGUUAUGCCUGGACAAGACAUGACAUACAUUUUUUCUUGUCACUGCUUCUAUUAUCCAAAAGAAACUGUAUUAUAACGGCUAAAAUUAAGCUGGGCAUAAAAUAUCAAUUAGAAAAUGAAAUAAGUUUAGUUCAAAAUGCACAAUAAAGCUAUUAAGGUGCAAAAUGAAGACCAUGUCCCUGCUAAAGCAAAUAAGAUAUUUGGGACUGCCGAGACAGAUGGCCAUGACAAUAUAGAGUUGUAAAAUUAAUCAAGAAGGCACAGAUGGCUUUUCUUCAAUUCUUAAGAAGAGGAAUUUCUUGCAACUUGAUUCCCAGAUGACGUGAUAAUCCUGUUUCUUUGGCUUGCUGUAAGAUAUACUUUCAAAAAUUGGAAAAUGGAAUUAAUUUCAUUCA